AUGGAGAAUGGAGGGGAUAAGAAAACCAGAUUUUUCCAUCAUUCUGCAACAGUUAGAGGGAGAAACAAUGGCAUAAGGUCCCUUAUAGUGGGGAAUAAAGUCAUAGAAGAUCCCAUCUUAAUUAGGAAUUCCGUGGUGGAGUUUUUCAAUGGUCUAUUUUCUCAGGAAAAUUCUUUGGAGGCUGAGGAGAUAAAUCUGGAAUUUUUAAAAUUAUCGGAAGGGCAGAGGUUAGCACUUGAAAAGCCAUUUUCGGAAGAAGAAGUUUGGAGAGCAAUUGUUGAUUCGGAUAGCAAUAAAGCUCCUGGCCCAGAUGUGGGUAAGUUUCCAGCAGAUUAUUUAGUCUUGCCUCUAGGGUCCAAGAGAAAUUAUGUUGCAAUGUGGGAGCCAAUCGUGCGGAAUUUUUAUAACAAGUUGUCUGGUUGGAAGGCAAAUUCUCUAGCGUUAGCUGGGAGGGUGGUGUUGAUCAAAUCUGUUUUGAGCUCUCUUCCCACUUACUUCCUUUCUUUAUUUCGAAUUCCAGUUUCGUUUUCCUCUGAAAAGGAUUCUUGGUGGAAGAGAGUAGUUUGUUGUGUGAAUAACUUGGACCUGAAUUCAAAAAUGUUAGAGAGUUCUUUGACUGCUCGUGCCUCUUGGAUUUGGAGAGGAGUGAUUAAUAACUUCUUUUCCAAUGAUGGGUUUGGUGACUACAUUAGGAGUAAUUUGAGGUGGAAAACAGGAAAUGGACAUUCUGUGGUAUUUUGGAAGGAUGCUUGGUUGGGAGAAGACCCCCUCAAAGAUUUGUUUCCUAGAUUGUAUGCUCUUUCGACGAAUAAAGAGGGGAAAGUGGUGGAGUUUAGGGAUGACCAUGAUGCAGGCUGGGUGUGGGAUAUUCAAUUCAGAAGAAAUCUGGUGGAUUGGGAGAUUGAACAAUGGUUACAACUGAUUUCUGUGCUGAAUAACACCUCUUUGUCUCAUGAUGAGGAGGAUCGCUGGAUUUGGUUAGGGAAUGGAGAGGGUUGCUUCUCUACUAAUUCAUGUAUCAAGAUUUUCUUUGACUCAGAUGGUAUUGAGGGGAAUCAGGAUUUUUUGGAUAGGAAUAUUUGGGUAGGAAUAGCUCCUCCUCGUGUUGAAACCUUCUUAUGGCAAGUAGUUCAACAGAGAGUAGCGGUUAAGGAGGAAUUGUUAAAGCGUGGAGUGGAUGAUCGUAUUUGGCAGUGGAACAAUGGUUGUUCCGAUGCAGAAAAUCUUCAGGAUUGA